AUGUCUGCAUUCAAAAAGUAUAAUCCAGGGGAGGGUAGGAAAAGCCGCACCCCGUCGAAGUCCCACCAGACGUGUAUCCCUGUGCACCUUCCCGGCUCUCCAAGAAAUAUGUCACUAAAAGCACCGCCUUCUGUUCCACAUUCUACUGGUGACGAACUACACCGAUCUCCGGGCGGCCUCAUGAGGUCUGGGUCUUUUCUCGCCAAUCCAGGUUCCAGAGCAGUGUUGUGGCAGCUGGCUGUGAUUAUAGGACUGACCCUCCCUCUUCUGGCUUUAGGCAUGUUCUUUUUUAUCAACGGUUUUUUCCUUUCUAGAGACGACGUGCCAUACAUCAGCGACGGAAGGGAGAUACCCUUUCCCCCCCUUUUUCCUCACUUGGACCCUGCUCGGAUACACCUAAACACAGAACAGGGAGUAUACUAUGUGCAGGCAAGCCAGGGUGCCGCGCGUUCGAAUGCACUUCAGCAGACUGAAGCGCCAGCUCCACUGGAGUUAGAACAUUAUCUGCAUCCCCAGCUUGAAGCAUUUGCCUCAGAACCAGACGCUUGCACAACUUCGGAGUGUGCAACCUCGUGGAUUUCUGUGUUUCCGUACGACCGUGUACUGAUUCUAUUGGUGGAUGCUCUGAGGUUUGACUUCCUCCUUUGGGAUCCCAAGGCUUCGAAUGCCUGCGGCACCAGUGCAGCCUCUGAGUGUGCCCCUGCGCCUUUGAGCCUGCGGCCUUUCUACAGAAAUCGAGUACCUUUCGUACAUGACUUACUGCGCCGCUCGGAUGCAGACCUACAGCGUUUCCUUUCUAUCCUGGUGCGGGGGGGAGAAGCACGUGCCAAUGAAAGCAACGGGGAGGACACAUCUGCAUCGCAGAAAGACUCAGCUUUACUUGCAGGCGGCCUUCCUGCAGACCCACCUGUAUCGCACUCCAGUUCCGCAGGGUUGUCAUCAGCCUCUGCGUCGGGAGGAAAUCAUUUCAGUCGACUUUACAUAUUUGAAGCAGAUCCCCCGACUGCUACCACGCAGCGUCUGACCGGCAUUGCCACGGGCAGCAUGCCCAGCUUUUUCAGCCUCCGGGAAACGUUUUCAGCAUCGGCUGUCAACGUGGACAGCCUUCUGAUGCAGGUUAAGGCAGCAAGAAAGACAUCAGUUGCUAUCGGGGAUGAAACUUGGUACCACUUGUUCGGCCAUCUCCUGACGAGGGCCGACGUAUUCCCCUCAUUGAAUAUCCAGGACCUGCACACCGUUGACGACGGGGUUGCGGCGGGACUGCCUAAGGAAUUUGUGAAGGGUGAUUGGGCAUUUCUUGUUGGCCACACUCUUGGUGUGGAUCACGUGGGGCAUGUGGCAGUCCUGGACACGGACUUGAUGCAUGCAAAGUUGAGAGAAGUCGACAGCUUGAUCAAAGACACGUUCAAAAUGGCCUUUAAAGAACAUGGGAAAGGAAUGCCCACCAAGCGGCCCCAGACGCUUUUCCUGACCUUUGGAGAUCACGGAAUGACUGAGGUUGGGGCUCAUGGAGGCAGCAGCAACGAAGAAGUCGAGGCAGCAAUGUUCACCUUCUCCACGCUGCCAGCGAUCCUGAGCCCUCGGAGUGCACAGUUUUUUUCGCCCGAUGCGCGCCUUUUUGGCAGUCGACUGCCAUCAUAUUUGCAAAAUCAUGGCGCAUUCCGUGACAAUAGUGGCCGCCUCACGGUUGUAUCCAGUACUGCCUCCCACAUGCCCUCACUUUCCUCGGAUCUCGGUUACGGGGCACUCCGCGUACGUCAGGUCGGCCUGGCGCCGACACUGUCGUUGCUUAUGGGGCUCCCCAUUCCGUUUAAUUCCAUGGGUAGGAUCAUAGCAGACAUGGUCCCGAGCCUUGGGAGCUUUGUGCAAGAGUGUAUGCCAGCCGCAAGAAGGGAGUCUGAGAACUCGGCUGCAUGCGGGGCAAUGGAUGGCGAAGUGUGCAGUGAAGCGCGUGGCAACGACGAGGCUGCAACUGUUCGGGCGGUCCGGUGCAGCGAUUUAGCGUAUUUAGCGCAGCUCUUUCACAUUGUUUCGUGGCAGCAGCACCGAGCUGUCCUGACUCAUGCGGCAUAUUCCGGCAACGAUGCUGUGCUGACAGACCCACAAUUUGCAGCGUCGAAGUCUGAGUGGCUCAGAUUAUAUUCCGAACUAGACAAUCAGAUAAAGUCUUUGCCCGCUGGAGCGCAUGUACGUUUGACACAAGGCUCAGUAGCGCCGGCCGCGACGCCUCUUGGCCUGGACUCCGUUUUGUCGUUGCCUCCUGGUGGCUUUGGUAAAGCAGAGGAAGAACUGGCCUUAUUCAUUUCCAACUUGGAUAAAAGCACGGUUGAUGGCAAGGAUGGAAAUGUUGACGAGGGCCCCCCAACUUUGCGAACGAGUGCAAAAGCGGAUACGGGCAUCGCCUCUAUUUUGCCAUCUCUGUUGCCCUACUUGCUGGCCUGUGCCAAUUUCUCUCAAGAGGCAUUACAAGCAAAUGUACGCCAGCUCGGGACUUUCAAUAUGACUCUAAUGCUAUGCGGCAUAUGCAUGGUGCUCAGCAGUCUUCUUAUUUUGAUUUUCGGCGUCGUAGGAAUAAUCCAUUUGCCGAGCAGACGCCCGUAUGAGCCUUCCAAAACCACGAUUUCCAACGGAAUCCCCAACAUGGCCAUCCUCACUCGGUGGUUACUCACAGGUACAUAUAUUGGGGUAGCAACGUGGACAGCAGCAUGGACCCUUUCAGAAGUAUGCAAGUAUCUGCAACUGGAGUCGGGUGCUGGCAUCGACGUAUUUGUGUGGCAGCAGUUGCCGGCACUUUGCAUAACUGGAAUAUUGUCGUCGGUAGCUAUUCCGUUCGGCCUAUGUACUCUGCCGCCAUACUUGGAUGCCUCUGCAUUUAGGAAUUCUCAAGGAUCACCGCAAGAAGAGGCUGAGCCUUUUUUCAUCGAGCAGCAGAGGGCUCAAUGGGGAUUUUCUGCAGCUUUAAAGCGGGAAUUAUGCCUUUCUCGUUUGUAUCUUCGCCUCUUUGGCGGCGGCUCUUUUCUCUUCUAUGCUUCUCUGAUUCUCCUGUUCUUCGUGCCCUUCAGUGAUUGCCUUGUUGACAGAGAGUACUCAGUUGUCAGGUUUCUCAUUGGCAUCUAUUGUCUUGCUGCUUGCAUUGCAACCUUUGCCACACACGCAAACAGUGCAGAGAAGACAAAAAUUGUCGCUGCGUGCGCAAGCAUCGUGUUUUGUGUCCGCGUGGGAAGCGCUUUUGAUACCUCAAGUUCAGUGGGACGUGAUGGCUCAGAAAGUAAUCCUCUGCAGGUUGACUAUGUGAGCUCUGCAGCGUUUCUGAUGCUCGGCAUGUUUUACAUAACGGGAAGGAGGGAGCUGCCCCUCGUCUCCUGGCUGUUUCGCAGUGCGCCAAAUGGCGACGUUCAUCAGGCUUCUGGGGGGUAUCGCAGAUUCCUUAUUCUCAGCUUUCAGCCACAGAAAAAGUGCGAGAAACCGAGGCCGUGUACUCUGGAGCGUAUUCUUUUUCUUACCCAGGGAAUCAUUUUACUACUAUGGUUUGCAACACCCCGCGAGUCAAAGUCAGUGCAGUCGUCUUCGUCAAAUCCGGAGCCCGCGCUGGUUGUUCAAGAUGCGACUCCAUUGUAUGAUGCAGUUGCAUGGCUGUGGUCGUUGGCCAUGAUACCAUUCAGGACUUUAGAUGCUGCUGGCAGUGCAUGCCUGGACUGGCUGGCGCCGCCGAAACCGUGGCUUUUUUCGGCUCCCCACUGGAUUGUCAACACAAUCCCCCCUCAGGUUAUGGAAGCGGACAAAGUCAAGUUAAUACCUUUGCUCAAUGUGGCUCUGCCCUGGAUAGUCUACUCCAUAACUGCGGGGCUUUGGUUGCGGCUGAUGCUCAUCCUUGCCCGCAUGAAGAAGCGAGAAAACGACAUAAGCGUACACCACCUGCAUCGCGCAGCUACGCAGCUGAGCAGCUCGAAUGACGAGAUGAUAGACUGCUCUCAAAUCGAUGAUGCUUCAGAGCUGGCUCUCCACAGGAGGGAAAGGCUUUUUCUUAUAUGGCGUGUGGAGGUGUGGGAUUACUUCUCGCACUAUUUCUUCCUUACGGCAGUCACUCCGCUGUGCAUGACCAUUAUGCUUCUUGGAAGCGUGAAUAUAUGGCCUCUUCUUCUCUGUUGCAUAAAGUGGAGGUUGCUGAUCUUCUUGAGUCGCGUUGUUGUUGCGGCACAGCCAUGUGACAUCGGCCACAAGUGCACCUGCUGCAUCUGCGCUGUACGACCCACAGCUGCCCCAGCCUCAGCUGCCGUGCCCCAUGAGACAGAUACCAAAGGUACUAGCAGGAUCCAGAAGAGAUCACAAGGCGGAGAAACGCUGCGCUUUUUCCUAUCAGACGCGAGUGUCUGUAUGCUUGCUGCCCUCCUCGUUCUUGAUGGUUUUUUCGCUACCGGGCACAGAAUGAAACUCAGCGCCAUCCCAAUCGAGGCAGGCUACAUCGGAUUGAUGGAGUAUCAUCCUAUCUGGUCGUUUGUUACGGCAUUCCUACACACCUUCAUCGUUUAUAUCAUCUGCUGCCCGCUUAUAUUCAUGAUUGCAUUUAUGCGCAUGGCCCACCGCGCCGCCGGAACAGGCAUCCACAAUGCAAAUGAACUUCAAGGGAACACCGUCACAGAAGUGGUUCGAACCACGUUGCUUACAUCUGGAAAACUCGCUAUCGGGAUUCUCAUUGGCGUAACCCUGAGGCUCCUCAGUUCUCUAUCGUCCCUGACAGCGCUCCGAAAUCACCUGUUUGUAGGUCUAGGCUCUCCAAAAUACACCGACACCUGCAGGAAUAUGGGACCUGUUUGCCGCCAAGUUCUUGUAUGA